AUGGAGCAUGCUCUUUUGGAUAAGGGAAGAUUUUUACCAGACCAAAGUUGUGACAAAGAUACCAACCCCACUUGUAGAUACCACUGGGGUGCUAUUCAUUGUGUUAGGAGCGCUUCGCCAAGUCCUGAAGGAUCUGGUCAACAAUGUUGUUACGACAAGAAUGGAUUCCUCAUGUUGUCGUACGAUCAAAUGUGGGGUUCCAGACCACACAGAUCACACGACUUCGGUUUCACUCCUUACAACGAGGCUAAUAAGGUGCCUUCUUUAUCCCAUUGGUUCCAUGAUAUGAUUCCCUUCUACCAAUGCUGUAUGUGGCAGGAAGAGCAGGCUGUAGGCUGUGAGACCUUCAGAUUCGAACGCCGUCCCUCUCAAGAUUGUGUUGCCUAUCAGUCGCCAGGAGUCGCUGGUGUAUUCGGUGAUCCUCACAUUGUGACGUUUGAUGAUCUUCAGUAUACCUUCAAUGGAAAAGGUGAAUACGUCUUGGUGAGGGUUGAUGAACCUCAGUUAAAAUUGGAUGUUCAAGGACGAUUUGAGCAAGUAUCGAGGAACAUAUACGGGCCAGUCAAUGCUACACAUAUAACAUCUAUUGUCUCCGCUUCUAAUAAUUCAGUUCCUAUUGAAGUGCGUCUUCGGCCACAGCACUCACAAUGGCGCUACCGUUUAGAUGUCUUCGCUGAUGGGAAACGUAUCUUCUUCGACCGGCCAGCUCUUCGAGUUCAAUACUUCCCAGGUGUGACAGUCUAUCAACCUAUGUACAUUCUCAACCAAUCGGAAAUCGUUAUUAUGUUUUCUUCCGGGGCUGGUGUCGAGGUUGUUGAGAAUAAAGGAUACAUGACUUCUAGAGUAUAUCUGCCUUGGACUUAUAUGAAUCGAACACGAGGAUUAUUCGGAAAUUGGUCACUGGAUGUCAACGAUGACUUCAUGAGACCGGAUGGAACUUUGGCAGCGGUCGAUCUCAACAACUUCCAAAGUGCACAUCGAGAGUUUGCUCAAUAUUGGCAACUCACGGAUCGAGAACAAAAAGAUAUAGGAGUCGCAAUGUUUACACGUGAAUAUGGACGAACGGCAGCUUACUACAACGAUAACCAAUUCAUACCGAACUUUAUAAAGGAACCAGCUAACUUCUUACCAGCAAACCGGUCGCAAGAUGUCGCUAGAGCUAUCGAAAUAUGCCAAGAUUCUUAUCAGUGUCGAUAUGAUUAUGGAAUGACCCUGAAUAGAGACAUGGCUGAGUUUACGAAGAAUUAUUUGGCAUCUAUUACUAACAUUAAGGAAACCAAUGCUCGGCGAGUUAUCAGUUGCGGUAUUCUGGAAACACCUCGGUUUGGACGAAAGAGUAACUUCUUCUUCACGCCUGGAACAAGGGUAAACUUCGAAUGUAAUCAAAACUUCAUAUUAACCGGAGACAAGCGCAGAGUCUGCGAAGAGAACGGCAGGUGGAAUCUUCCGGACUACGGUUACACCGAAUGCUUACGUAACCAGGAAUACUCACAACAAACGCUGUUCCUUACCUGGGGCAUCAUAGUGGCAAUUAUUGUACCGUUGGCUCUGAUAAUUUGCCUUUGCUGGUUUUGGUGCUAUUACAAACCCAAAACAGAAGGCAAAGAAGGCUUCCGCUUCGAGAAUAUACCGCGAUCGAAAUCCGCAUCCCGUCUUAGUCUUAGAUCACAUUCAAUGGGGAACAUCACCGAUACAAUGAAAUCAUCAACUUUACAUAGUCAGUAUUCAGAUAAACCAAAAACACCGGGCACCCCAACAGAAGAACCUAUUAAACCCCUUAUAGGAAGAUCAGCCCCACCUCCUCCCAACGAACCCUUAGAUGGUGAAACCUCUGGCAUAGGCUACACUGACUCAAACAAAAGCGAUUCCAAUAAAUCUGAUAAACCGUCUAGUUUAAAAAAACGUAGAGGUUACGAUAAGACUUAUAGAACAAAUGAACCUUUAGCAAAUGCUCCAGAAGUUGAGUUCCCUGAGAAACCUUGGGAUUUAUCUGAGGAAGACUUAUUGUCGAUAACGUCCCCAUCUGACUCUGAGUCUAAUAGAGAUUCAACACUUACCCGCCCAGCUAAGGAUAUAGAGUUCCUGAAGCCCCGUCAAACUGGACGGCGUCUCCUUCCCAGCGAGUCUGGUUAUUCUACAAAGGAAUCAGAAGAUCCAUAUUCCCCUAAAUACGAUGGGCAAAUUAGUCCUAUCUCAUCUCAUUAUUCACCUACUUAUUCUGAAAUCUAUUCGCCCCCUAUAAGUCCGACAUCCGAUAUAAGUCCCAGGAAUACUUACAAUAAUCCUGGAUUACCAGAGCCCCCAAAGAGUGCUCCGGCAACUGAAAUAAAAACGUUCACUCUUCCACCACAAAGAGGCAAAUCUGUUGAAACAUUAAUUGAUCCACCAUCUUCAGAAAUGCCUACAUUUAGUAGUAACCAAGAGUACUCACAAAGGACCCUCGGUGCGACAUGGGGUAUUAUAAGUGCUGUGAUGGUACCAAUCGCUAUCAUCAUGAUCUGUAUCGGAUGGAGAAUCCUACUGAGAAAGAAGGAAGAAGAGAAAGAGGAGCUUGCUUAUCUAGAAAAGAGCCGACAAAUCGAUCCUGAUGACUCUGUCAAAAUUAACUCUGAUGAUGAUUCAAUUCCUUAUAAAAAAGACGUGACUGAAGACAGUCCUGAGCCCACAGAGCCUAUGCAAAGUUUCGCUUACGGACAACAAGCCCAAGGAUACCAAGGAUAUCAGGAAUCCCCUCAGGAAUACGCUUCUGAAUCGCCUCAGGCGUACGUCCAAGAACCUCAGCGGUAUCCCGAAGGUCCUCAACAGACUUUUACCCCUAACCGACCACAAGCCGUGCAAAAUAUUCAACAGCCAGGAAGUCAAUGGAGUGGCGAAACGGAAAUAAAUUAA